AUGCAUCUCCUGAAGUACGGCGAAAAUGGAGAGCUCACGAUCACCAGCUUCGAAGAGAACGAGCUGCCUCUUUAUGCGAUACUCUCCCACACCUGGGGAGCAGAUGAAGAGGAGGUGACUUUUGCGGACAUUGUGAAGGGCGGUGGCAAGGCCAAGCCUGGCUACAAGAAGAUUCGUCUCUGCGGAGAGCAGGCACAACAAGAUGGGCUGGAGUACUUCUGGAUCGAUACCUGCUGCAUCAACAAGGCAAACAAGGCUGAGCACUCUCUAGCCAUUCGGUCCAUGUUUCGGUGGUACCGCAACGCUGCUCGAUGUUAUGUCUAUUUCCAGCAAGAACCUGAAUCUGAGCUCCAGAAAAGCAGAUGGUUCACCCGCGGAUGGACACUGCAGGAACUUCUUGCACCGCCUACAGUAGAAUUCUUCUCUAAGGAAGGGAUCAAGCUUGGGGAUAAGCUUUUGCUGACAGAGGAAUUGCGUAAAGCCACAGGCAUCCCUGAUUCAGCGCUGUACGGCACACCUUUGUCUGACUUUGAUGUUCAUGAGCGCAUCUCGUGGAGUGAACAUCGUACAACAACGAUACCGGCAGACUCUGCAUACUCUCUAAUGGGCAUUCUCGGUGUUAGUUUGUCCCCAAUCGACGGAGAGAGUCCAGCUGAAGCGAUGAAACGAGUUAUAGAUGAGGUCGACAAGCAAAUCCAUUGCGUCCGAGACCUGCGGCUUACCAAUCCGCGCGACGAUAGAAAACGCAUUGAGGAAACAAAAGGCGGGCUGCUAAAGGAUUCCUACCGCUGGGUUCUGGACAACAGUACCUUCCAGCAAUGGCAGCAAGACCUGGACAGCCGACUACUGUGGGUGAAAGGUGAUCCUGGCAAAGGCAAGACGAUGCUACUCUGCGGUAUUAUGGAUGAACUUCCGCACUUGAUGCCUAAGGGCGCCCUUCUAUCGUACUUCUUCUGUCAAGCGACCGACUCGAACAUUAAUAGUGCUACAGCCGUGCUACGAGGCUUGCUAUAUAUGCUUGUGCACCAACAACCGUCGCUUGUGUCGCAUAUCCGCAAGAAGCACAAUCACGCAGGUGUAAGCUUAUUCGAGGACGCAAAUGCCUGGGUCGCCUUGACAGAUAUCUUUGCAGACGUGCUGCGAGACGUUAGCUUAAGCACGACUUACCUGAUCAUUGACGCACUAGACGAAUGCGUCACUGAUCGGCCAAAGCUGCUUGGCUUUAUCGCAAGGCAGUCGUCUGUGUCCUCUCGUGUUAAGUGGAUUGUUUCCAGUCGCAACUCGCCAGAUAUUGAGAAAGAGCUGGUGACCGCAGAGAACCAAACGAGGCUGAGCCUCGAGCUGAAUGCCAAGUCAGUUGCGACGGCAGUUCAGAUUUUCAUCGAGCGGAAGGUGUGUCAGCUGGCGCACAAGAAGGACUUCAAGCCGGAGAUGCGACACGCCGUGCUCCAGCACUUGACAUCAAACGCGAACAACACCUUCCUCUGGGUAGCAUUGGUGUGCCAAGAACUAGAGCGGACCGAAAACUGGAACGUACUAAAGAAGCUAAGCUCACUCCCUCCCGGGCUUGACGCUUUAUACAGGCGGAUGAUCGACCAAGUCAUUGUUUCUGACAGCGCCGAAAUCUGUCUGCAGGUCCUUGCCUCAACUGCGGUCUUAUAUCGACCUGUUACCAUCACCGAAUUGUUUUCGCUCGUUAAGCUGCUUGCUGACCUAAUUAAUAACCUAGAGUCGGUGCGAAAGAUUGUCAGCCUAUGUGGAUCGUUCCUUACACUUCAAGAAGACACAGUGUACUUUGUGCAUCAGUCUGCAAAAGACUUUCUCUUCGCAAAUGCGUUUGAUGAAGUAUUUCCAGAUGGGACUGAAACCCCUCAUCGUGCAAUCUUUUCACAGUCGCUGGCAAUUUUGACUAGGACAUUGCACAGGGACAUGUACAGCUUGGAAGCGCCAGGAUAUUUUAUUGAGAACGUCAAACUAUCCGGGGCAGACCUGUUAGCAGUGUCACGAUACCCGUGUGUCUACUGGAUCGAUCAUCUGUGCAAUUCAAACGCUAGGUUUCUGGAGAAUAGUGGUGGUGACCUGCAAGGUGCCGAAGAACUUGAUAUGUUCUUAAGAAAAAAGUAUCUCUACUGGCUAGAAGGGCUUAGUCUUUGCAAGAGUGUAGGGAAAGGCGUUAUCUCAAUGACAAAACUGUGGUUAUUAGUGCAGAAAAUGCGUGACUACGAUGGAUUAGGUCAACUUGUUGAAGAUGCACGGCGAUUUAUUAUGUACCACAAAGGGGCUAUUGAGGGUUUUCCUCUCCAGACAUAUGCUUCUGCGCUCCUGUUCAGUCCGACGGGUAGUCUGAUCCGACAGCUGUUUCAGCGUGAAGAGCCAGAAGGAUUUUGCGUUAGGCCAGCGCUGAGCAAUGGCUGGAGCGCGUGCCUGCAGACGCUUGAGGGCCAUAGCGAUUAUGUCAGCUCAGUGGCCUUCUCGCACGACUCGACGCGGCUGGCGUCGGCGGACCUGCAAUUAGCUCACAUGAUACGUGGAUUGCUAGUGAUGCUCAAAAUCUACUGUGGCUCCCUACAGAGUAUCGACCAGUGUGCUCAGCUGUAUCAGGCAGAUGUGUUGGUAUAG